AUCAUCGUCUUCCACACCACUCCUCACCACAAGAAGCUUCAUUAGCCCAGCCUUUUCGAUCCUCCAAUCCCCAUGGCUUCUGGUUCUUGGACGCUCGAGAUCGAGUCCUCCGUCGAGGCAUCUCGCCUGUUCAAGGCCGCCGUCCUCGACUGGCACUCCUUGGCCCCCAAGAUUGCGCCGGAGAUCGUCGUAAGCGGCGCCGUCAUCGAAGGUGAAGGUAGCGUCGGGGCCGUGAGGCAACUCAACUUCUCACCAGCGUUACCAUUCGGCUACGUGAAGGAGCGGCUGGACUUUGUGGACAUGGACAAGUUCGAGUGCAAGCAGACGCUCGUGGAAGGAGGCCACAUCGGGAGCAAGCUGGAGACGGCGACGUCUCAUUUCAAGUUCCAGCCAGCAGCCGGUGGGGGAUGUGUGUUGAAGGUUGUGACCACCUACAAGCUACUGCCCGGGGCUGAGGACGACCAGGGCGAGACGAUGAAGUCCAAGGAGACGGUGACCGGAAUCAUCAAGGCCGCGGAAGCCUACCUGUUGGCCCACCCUGACGCCUACCUGUAGAGCUGCAUGCUCUCUCUCUCUCUCUCUCUCUCUCUCUCUCUCUCUCUCAGGCUUUCGAGUUUCUUUUCUUUCAGCAUCACAAGGCAGUCAUGGAGAGAGUGAGUGCGUUUGGUUGUCGUAUUAAACAACAAUAUAUUGUGAACGAAUAAAAGAUAAUGCUCUUUCUAGAUA